AUGGCGACUCAAUCACCCCACGUUCUGAUCGUUGGCUCAGGAAUCGUUGGGUUGCUGAUCGCACAGGGCCUCAAGAAAGAAGGAAUAUCCUUUGAGGUCUUUGAGUCUGAACCUUCAGCAACCACCUACCGGCCUCGCGAAUGGGGCAUGUCGGUGCAAUGGGGGCUCCCCAUGCUCAAGGACUGCUUGCCCGAAGAGCUCUUCGACCGCAUCCACACCGCUGCGGUGGAUCCGAAUUUCGAGCCCCCGGAUCCCGGAAUCCUGCCUACGUUCAAUGGCGCAACUGGUGAACUGUUGAAGAACAUUCCGCUGCUGCGCAUGUACCGGGUGUCCCGGCGACGGUUCCGAGCUUUCUGUGCCCAAGGCCUCAAUGUCCAGUAUGGCAAGGUGCUCGAGUCCGUCACAUACGACGACGAGAAUUCCACUGUCACCGCCGCAUUUGAGAAUGGCACGAAAGCCACUGGCACCCUACUGAUCGGAGCAGAUGGCGCUCAAUCACGUGUGAGAUCAUCCAUCUUGGGGGAGAAGGGACGGCCGUCUCUAGUCCCCUACUCGGCUGUCAACCUGCAUGUUUGCUAUAAUGAUGCGGAGAAGGCCCUGUUUGUCCGCCAAGCACAUCCUAUAAUGACCAUGGCCAUGCACCCUGAUGGCUACUGGCUAUGGAUCUCCAUUCAAGAGGUACCAGACCCCAAUGACCCCGCGACCUGGGUGUUUCAGCUGCAAACCACUUGGAAGAAGAGAGAGGGCGAGGAAGUCGACUCGUUGGCAAAUCUGAAAGCCAAGGCUGAAACCUUUGGUGAACCAUUUCGAUCAGCGAAUCUUUGGAUCCCCGAGGGCACAAAGGUUCAUGUGAACAACCUGUCGUACUGGGUCCCGGUUCCCUGGGAUACCCGGAAGGGCAGGGUAUUACUCGCCGGUGAUGCUGCUCACCCUAUGACCUUCCAACGGGGUCAGGGACUGAACCACGGUAUUGCGGAUGCGAGAAGCAUCGUUCUCAAGUACAAGGAUGCCGUUGACGGCAAGAUGACUUUUGAAGAAGCCGCCGACGCGUAUCGAGACGAGCUUGUAGAUCGAGCAGGUGAAGAAGUUCGAUUGUCCAUGGAGAACACUGAGAUGUUGCAUGACUGGGAGAGGAUGGCCAACUCGCCCAUCAUGCAGCGCGGAGGCCAUCCAAGAGAGAAGUAG